AUGAGGUCGCUACUGUUGUUGACUUUGGUGAGUAUAAUCGAAAGUGCUGUAUUGGACCCGGCUCUAUUCUUGGCCCCGAGUCCACCGCUUAGAACAACACAUGAAAAUGUCCCAGAAAAUUUAUGGAAAGGAACAAUGGAAGCGAGAAUGAACAAACGUGCCGACGUUAUAACGGAUAUGCCUAAAAAAUCUAUGGAGUUAAUGGAAGGAGCUGAAACAUUUUGGCCCUCAUACACAGCGAGAUUAAGAGGAAUUCAUAUUCCGCUGACUUUUCAUUUAACAGGAACUUAUGGGGGGAUGCAUGGUGGUAAUAGUGGUAGUGUGUUAGCUAGCAGUUACAUGAGCCAUGGUGUUAGUGGCCUAAGAGGAGUUCUAGCUGGAAAUAGAGGAACCGGUGUAAGGAUUUUUGCAAGUGAAAUAGGACCAUCUUGGAGCGGUUGGGGAAAUGGCAAAUGGGGACAUUACGGCAAAGGAUAA